AUGCAGAUUCACUGUGCAGUCGACCCAGCUAUCCCUGAAACAACGCAACCCAUCUCUCAAGCCAUGGCUUCUAUAGGCUUUGACCACUACCUACCUCCCACGUACAAGAGGAGAGCAGUGGUGCACAGCGCAGGAUAUGGAGCAGGAGGAGGAAUUGGAUCCAGGUCUGCCUACUCCACCCACUUUGCCCCAGUAACUUCCUACGCAUCCUCACGCCGGAGUUAUCCCACAUCCACCCGAGCUGCUUCGAGCUACUCCGCCGUACGUCCUGCUGCAGCUGCUCCUGAGCUCCGCCUCGACCAAGCAGUCCAAGUAAGCUCUGAGUUCAAAGCCUUAAGGACGCAGGAGAAGGCUGAGCUCCAGGACCUGAACGACCGCUUUGCAAGCUUCAUUGAUCGGGUCCAUGAGCUGGAGCAGCAGAACAAGUUGCUGGAGACGGAGCUGCUUCUGCUCAGGCAGAAGCAGACCGAGCCUUCGAAUGUUAGGGCCCUCUAUGAGCACGAGAUCCGCCAGCUCCGUGCUGCUGUUGACGAGGCCCGCCACGAGCAGCAGGCAGCCCAGGACCACAAGGAUGAGAUGGAGGAUGUGCUGAAGAACCUGCAAAAGCGCUAUGAGGAUGAGGUUCUGGGCAGAGAUGGAGCAGAGGGGCGGCUCAUGGAUGCCAGAAAGGGAGCAGACGAUGCUGCUCUGGACCAGGCAGAACUUGAAAAGAGAGUCGACACCCUGCUGGAUGAGCUGGCCUUCCUGAAGCGCAUCUGUGAGAGUGAGAUAGCGGAGUUGCAGGCCCAGGUGCAGUACAGCAUGGAGGUGUCAGUGGGGAUGGAGAUCUCCAAACCGGACCUUUCCUCUGCGCUCCGGGACAUUCGAGGGCAGUAUGAGAAGCUGGCUCACAGUAACCUUCAAGCAGCUGAGGAGUGGUUCUGCAACAAGAUGAGCGUGAUGACCGUAGGCUCGACUCGCAACACCGAGAGCGCGCGCAGCGCCAAAGACGAAGCUGGAGAGUAUCGCCGACUGCUGAAAGCCAGAACGUUAGAGAUCGAUGCGGGCCGUGAGAUGAUCCAAGCUCUAGAAAACCAACUGCAGGAAGUGGAGGAGAAACAGAGCGAUGAGAUCUCUGCGAUGCAGGACGCCAUAAGUAACCUGGAGGAAGAAUUAAGGGCCAGCAAGAACGACAUGGCUCGCUACUUGAAGGAUUAUCAGGACCUGCUGAAUGUAAAAAUGGCACUAGAUAUCGAAAUCGCAGCAUACAGGAAACUCCUGGAAGGAGAAGAGGAUCGUCUGAGCACAGACAGACCGGGCCAUUUCACCGUUUACUCCCAGGCCGUGAGCAGUGCCCCGUCCUACGGGAGAGUCCAGGUCUCCGUGCAGUCUCAGCUGAGCUCUGCAGCUCCGUACCUGCUGAGCUCCCGCCUGUAUUCAUCUCUGCUUCCCACGGAGGACGCAAUAUCUGCAAGCCAGGCGCAUCAGGCUGAGGCCAGACCGCUGCAGGAGGAGGAAGAAGAGGAGGGGGAACAGGUGGAGGAGGAAGAAGAAGAGAAAGAGGAGGAAGAGGAGAUGGCAGAUGAGAAAGAGGAAGAGGAGGAGGAGGAGGGGGGAGACGAGGAGCAGGGAGAAGAGGGAGAGGAAGAGGCUAAACAAGAGGAGGAAGCUGAGGAAGACAAUGAAGAAGGUUAGUUUAGACUUUUAGCUUUAGUGAUGUUUAAUAAAAGGACUGUUUCUAAUUUUUGUUGCUUUUCUGUCCAUGAAGCAGAGGAGGGAGGCAAACAAGAGGAGGAAGAAGGAGAAGAGGACAGCCAGCCUCAAGAAGAAGAAGAUGAUGUUGAUCAAAAGGAAGAGGAUGUGAAAAAGGAGGAAGAAACUAAGAAAGAAUAAAAUAAAAAAAUCUGUGAAAACCUAUUUUAAAAAAAAAAAGUUUAAAUGAACCCGUCAAUGUUUUCCAGUGCUCAAUGCCACAUUAAAACCAAAUAAAAACGAACUUGACCUCAGUAAUGUUGGUAAAUGUAUGACCCCCUGAACAACUAAUAGCAUGUAUUAACAGAAUGUGUGCACUGAAAGCAAAGAUGUUAAAAAAAAACAGGAGAUGUCAGGAGGAGAUCCUGCUUUGUGGAGAUCUGUGUGCAGGUGCUUUUCCUGACACCAAAUUGUGCUUCCACGACUGUCUUCAUGUGCAAUAUACGCAGUUUGUGAUGCCUUCAAGUCC